UAGUGUUGUGCAUUAUUUAUUCUUUAUCAAUAUUCGGUCACACCUCGUCUGGUCGUCGUGUACAAAAAUCAAUUACUAUUACUGCUGAAACUGAAUACGUUAAGCGUUUCCGCGAGUAAACAAAACGCCAGUCAACCACAAUUAGCAAUAGAAGUUUAAAUCAACGGAGCAAUACAAUUGGGAAAAAAUGCAGAUCAAAGAAUUCCGCGUGACUUUGCCAUUAACCGUGGAAGAGUAUCAAAUAGCACAAUUAUUCUCGGUGGCGGAGGCAUCAAAGGAGAACACGGGCGGCGGCGAGGGCAUUGAGGUAUUAAAAAACGAAGCCUUCGAAAAUUUCCCAUUGUUGGGCGGCAAAUAUAAUUCCGGUCAGUAUACAUAUAAGAUCUACCAUCUGCAAUCAAAAGUUCCAGCGUACAUAAGACUGUUGGCGCCGAAAGGCUCAUUGGAGAUACACGAGGAGGCAUGGAAUGCUUAUCCUUAUUGUCGAACGAUUAUUACGAAUCCCCGCUAUAUGAAUCAAAAUUUUUUUAUACAUGUUGAUUCACUACAUUUUGCCGGCGAUUGUGGCACAUUGAAUAAUGUGCACGAACUGUCGCCCGAUAAGCUGAAAGUGCGCGAAGUGGUGCACAUUGACAUUGCCAAUGAUCCGGUCCUGCCAGCGGACUAUAAGCCCGAAGAGGAUCCGACCACCUACCAGUCAAAGAAAACUGGUCGUGGACCUUUGCUGGGCGCGGAUUGGAAAAAGCGUGUAGAUCCUGUGAUGACCUGCUACAAGUUAGUCACUUGUGAGUUCAAAUGGUUUGGCCUGCAAACAAGAGUAGAAAAUUUUAUACAAAAGUCAGAGCGACGUCUCUUCACAAACUUUCAUCGUCAAGUUUUCUGUUCAACUGAUCGCUGGCACGGUCUUACAAUGGAUGAUAUACGCGCCAUUGAGGAUAAGGUUAAAGAGGAGCUGGACAAGGCGCGACAGACGGGCGAGGUGCGGGGCAUGCGUGCGGAUGGUGAUUAAAUAUAGUAGAGAAUUUUUAAAUAUGUACAUGUAAAAACACAAAACAAAAACUAUGAUAAAACAAACACAAGCAACUGAAUAAUAUAAAUUGAAAUGCAUAAAUAAAUAUACAAACCUAAUUUAAAAAGAAAAUUAAUAAAUAUUACAAACAACAACAAAAGAAAACACCAAGUGUAUAACAACAACAAGAUAAACAGCAAAGCAUAGCUCUAGUGUAGCGCCCGCACAGUCCCUAGCCCCCAGCCCCACACGGCCCCCAACAACAACAAUAAGCAACAAGCAAUAACAACAGUGCCCGUUAGUUAAGUUUUUAUUUUGUAUGUAAAAUGUAAGCAGGAUAAAAACACACACAACCUCACAUACACACACACAGACACAGACUGGACAAUUUAAAUGGACAUCCCGCCCAACCACAAGCCUACCCAAUAAAAGUCACACUAGCGUUAAAUAUAAAAAAUGUAAUCGGAUAAUUAAAAGUUGUUUCCCCGAA